UGCAGUUUUAGUCACCGAGAAUUACCCAGUGACUCAUACGCGGAUGACAAGCUAAUGAAAUUGGCAUGGAACUUGUUAAAACAUCUCUCAUAAAAUCAUCUCCCUUUACGUGAAUGCAGAUGCGACGUAGCGUUGAGAUCGACGGAUGAUAGCGACAUUGUCAGAUCGAUAGAACGGAUCCCGCAAUCCUCACAUCCAACAUCUUAUCAUCAUUGUAAAGCGCGCUGCCCGUCGAGACCAUGUUCGAACAUGGAUCCCAACCAUGAUGUAAAUCCUUCGUGCGACUCUGCGUCCUGUGAGAAGCACGACAAAGUCGCGUGCGGCGAUUUUACAGGGGACAGGAGCAAGGAGUUCGCGUCGACAAGUUGUCACGGAACAUCCAUCGAUCUUGGUGGCAAUGCGGAGAAGGAUAUCGUUACCAGCGACACUCGGGGCCAUAGUUCGGAUAUCGAAGACAUGUGGACGAGGGCGAAUACUUUGACCAAAUCUCAAUCGACCCAUCGGAAAAUUGUAGAUUCAACCUGGCGAUACCAGUGCGAGUAUCAUCCGCGCGAUGAUUCUAUUCCGAAUCUGUCAAGAUCGUCGUGUGAUCGUUGCCGAAAUGAGUGCUACCGUCGCUAUAAUUAUCAUUGCGAUUGCUCCCAUCGGUAUUGCUGUUGUUCGCAACACGACAAUUUGUGCAUAAACAUCAAAGGAUGUGAGACGCGCGAGAACGGCAUCUCCGGCGAGAAAGCUCAACACAAAAGCUGGCGCGAUCAGAUGCGAGGCGAGAAUAGUCGAUUGUACGCGCGGCAGUGUUACUCGAAGGAGUAUUCUGGAAUAAUACCCGCCUCUCGUGAACGAAACGAUGAGGAACGCAAGGAGAAGAAGAACGACGACGACGACGACGACGAAGACGAAGACGAAGACGACGACGAUAGCGUGGUUGUUAUCAAUCACAAGGACUCCAUGUGCAUCCUCGCUGAAAAAUAUAAAGCCAGCAGGAAGUGGUGCGACAGAAGGUGCGGGGAUAGAGCGCAAUCGGGCGACAGGACAGGGAACAAGGAUGAGUGUAACAAAUCGUUGACUUCGGAAAUCAUCGAUCAGCCGCUGGCUGGAUCGUCGCUGGAGAUCGUAAACGCGGUUUCGCACGAGGGACCGAGGAUGAGACACAGUUGCCGAGCUGCACAUUGCGAGAACUGCGGAACCGCCGCGAUCGCAAGAAUAUGUGGCCGACACGAGCCGCCAGAGGAUGAAUUCGACCGAUUGAAGCCGCCUUUGAACGAGACGGCUGCCACCCGUUGUUGCUCAAAUCGACCGCCUUGUAGACGUGUCUUCUAAUUCAAUUUCGUUCCACAAAACACGUUCAUGGACUUUUUACCCCAAUUUUUGUAUUUUCUAGUUAUUUUCAGCGUCCAACAUUUGUGCGCGUGAACCAUUGGAAUAAAAAACGAUUUAAAAUUUA